AUGGUCUUGGCCAAGAAUCGGAAUAUAACAUCAUCUCCACUCAACAAAAUGACCAAGGUCGAAGCUCCGCUGGCCGCAGACCAGGCACCAGUUCCCGGCGCAUUGCAAGUCUCAGACCCCGGCUUGAUCAACGAGGGAGCCAAAAAUGUUCCGUACUUCACCCCCAUCCAGGACCCAGCCGCCGGGACUGCUAGGGACCCUCAGCCAGGCGGCACCCUAUUCUCGCCGCUCAAGAUCCGCGGCAUGACGCUCCACAACCGCAUCAUCGUGUCGCCCAUGUGCCAGUACUCUGCCGACAAUGGGCACAUGACGGCCUGGCACAAGACGCAUCUCCAGAGCUAUGCGGUCCGCGGCGCUGGGCUGGUUUUGACGGAGGUCCAGGCCGUGGUGCCCGAGGGCCGCAUCUCGCCCGAGGACCUGGGAAUCUGGGAUGACUCGCAGCUAGUCGCCGCUAAGGAGGUUAUUGACUUUGUCCACAGCCAGGGAGGGCACAUUGGUGCCCAGAUUGGCCAUGCCGGCCGGAAAGCGAGCACCGUUGCACCUUGGAUUGACCGUAAGGCGGUGGCAGGCGAAAAGGGUCGGGGAUGGCCCAAGGACGUCUAUGGACCCUCUGCCGUAGCCUACAGUGAUGACACCUACGUUCCCAAAGAAAUGACCCUGAAAGACAUUGAGACUCUGAAAGCGAAAUGGGUUGAUGCCGUUAAGCGUGCUGUCAAAGUUGGAUACGACACCAUCGAGAUCCAUGCCGCCCAUGGGUACCUGAUCAACAACUUUCUGUCGCCUACGUCCAACACGAGGACCGACCAGUACGGCGGCAACUUCGAGAACCGUUCCCGCCUGCUCGUCGAGCUGACGGAACUGACACGCGCCAACGUGCCCGACGACUAUCCGGUUCUGGUGCGUCUCGCCGGCACCGACUAUCUAGAAUUUGACCCGUCGAUUCCCCAGUGGGACAUCCCUCAAGCCCAGAAGCUCGCUAAGAUCCUCGCGGACAAGGGGGCAGAUUUUCUCGAUGUUUCCGCCGGCGGGCAAGAUGCGAGGAUGAAGGUCGUGCCCGGACCCAAGUACCAGGCGUACAUAGCGGAAGCUAUCCGGAAAGCCGUUGAGGGCACCGGUACCCUGGUAGGGUCCGUCGGCGGCAUCGCGACGGGGAAGGACGCCACGGAGGUCUUGGCGGAUGGCCAGGCAGACGCCGUCCUCGUGGGCCGGGCGUUCCUCAAAGACCCUAACCUGACGGUUGGCCUUUCGGACGCACAAGGACCCACAGACCAAGCAAGCAUUGAGUUCUGA